CAAUUUUCCCAACAUGAAAAUUUCCCUGUAAAUGAUUGCAUAUUGGUAUUUUUAGAAAAAUGGAGGGUGCAUUGUGUACUCUUGAAGUGGGUAAAAUAGAAGAUUCCCAGAGAAUUUACCAAAUACAUACGUCAGCAAUAAAACAACUUUGCUCAAGCCAUUAUGGAGAAAAUGAAAUUUUAACAUGGGCUGGAAAACAAAAGCAAGAAACAUAUAUACCUUUUUUGGAAAGUGGAGAUAUAAUUGUAGCAAAGAAAAAUGGAAUUGUGGUGGGUUUUAUUCACCAUAUUGAGCACACUAAAGAUACCAAUGAAUCAUGCUCAAAACAAUGUUCAAAUAACGAGCUUGAAAUAAAAGGGUUGUUUAUUGACCCAAAUUUUGCAAGGAAUGGACUGGGUAGAUUAUUGUUCAAAGAAGUUGAGGCUAAAGCACUGGAGAAAGGUGUAGAAAUCGUGAAUGUGUCUGCUUCAUUAAAUUCUCUGCCAUUUUACCGAAAGAUGGGAUUUGAAGAAAUUGAGCGGAAGUCGCACCAAAUUACAUGCCAGUGUCUGGUUGAAUGUGUAAGGAUGGUGAAGCAUUUAAACAAAAUAAUGAAAUUUUAGGGGGCUAAAUAGGCUUGAUUACUAGCCGUGGGGCUACUAUUCAAGUAAACCCAAUUCGAAUGUCAUUGUUUAAACAGAUUGUGGUAUGGCAAUCUAGUAAAUCUACUCAACAACAUUUACUGUAGUAGCAGUAAUUCACCAGCAGUUCAUACAUGCA